AUGCACACAUUUUCCACAUUACCCGUCGAAAUUGUUUAUCGAAUUAUGGAUCAUCAAAAUGACGAGACGCUAUUUUGUUCAAUGCAAAAUAUUUCCCGGCGGCUCAAUCAGAUCCUGAGCACCUAUGAGCGAUAUCGAACACUAACCGAACUAAGCCUCUACUGGAACGGGAUCGGUACUAAAGGGGCACAACACAUUGCGAAUGCGUUGCGAACGAACACAACACUCACCACACUAAAUCUCGGCUAUAACCGACUCGGUGAUGGAGGAGCACAACACAUUGCGGAUGCGCUGGGAACGAACACGACACUCGCCACGCUAAUCCUCCUCGACAACGGAAUCGGUGCUGAAGGAGCAAAACACAUUGCGGAUGCUUUGCGAACGAACACGACACUCACCACACUAAACCUCAGUUGGAAUGGAAUCGGUGCUGAAGGAGCACAACACAUUGCGGAUGCGUUGCGAACGAACACGACACUCACCACACUAAACCUCUACCGCAACGAAAUCGGUGCUGAAGGAGCACAACGGAUUGCGGAUGGGUUGCGAACGAACACGACACUCACCACACUAAGCCUCAUUUGGAACGGAAUCGGUGCUGAAGGAGCACAACACAUUGCGGAUGCUUUGCGAACGAACACGACACUCACCACACUAAACCUCAGUUGGAACGGAAUCGGUGCUGAAGGAGCACAACACAUUGCGGAUGCUUUGCGAACGAACACGACACUCACCACACUAGAUAUCGGCUACAACGAAAUCGGUUAUGAAGUGGCACAACGGAUUGCCGAUGCGUUGCGAACGAACACGACACUCACCACACUAAUCCUCGACAGUAACCAAAUCGGUGAUGAAGUGGCACAACACAUUGCCGAUGCGUUGCGUCGGAAUGCAAGCAUCAAUAUGGUCUUUGGUAAGAAACAUGCCUGUGAAAUAGGGCUUUCCAAUGGUACUCAAGGAAUUUUUCGAGAGCUCAUAUACGAUGAUCAGAAGGAUCCGAGCGAUUUAAAAAUAAAAAGCGAAAUAUUUCCCUCAAAUGCAAUCUACAUACGAAAACCAUUAUAUGCACUCGUAGAAUUGAAUGCAUCACAAGUAGUAACAAAUCUCGAUGGCCUUCGUCGCAAACUCAUUCCUAUUCCAUUAAUCAAGAAGCAGUUCACUGUUCCUAUAAGGCAACUUUUCGGGCAUCUGCUCGAUCGAGUACAAAAUGAGAGAAGAAUUCCACAAGUCAUUCAAGUCACACGAACACAGCUACCAAUUGUACCUGCCUUCGCAAUAACUACAUAUAAAGCGUAUGGACUCACGAUGAACAAAAUUGUAGUCGAUCUUCAAGUUCCGUUUCAGACAUUGCAAGUGGUGUCAGUAUACGUACCACUCAGCAGAGUGAAGAGAGCGGAACAUAUAGUCAUUCUUCGAACUUUUGAUAUGAAGGUUCUACCAGUACGACCUUCUCUUGCUCAAGACGCUAGACUGAAACGUCUAGAUGAACUUGACAAAAAGACAAAACGACAGUGUACCUUUUUCAUUUCGUAA